UAAAUGCUCCCGAGCCCGGAUCCCCGCACUCGGUGUCACGACGGGAGGAGAUUCAGGCCGGCCGCGCUCCCACCCCCACCCCCCCCUCCCUGGCUCGUCGCGGCGCUCGCAGCCCCCUCCCCAGCGCCCCCCGCCGCAGGGCCACUCGCUCAGACUCAAACCAAACUUCUCCGCCCUGGGCUCGCGAUCCCGGACUCUGGGGCCUCCCUGCCCGCCCCUUUCCCCGGUUCCUUCCCGAGCCGCUCUCUGGACGACGAGCGAGCAGCCCUCCUGCCCACGUCCCUCCCUCUCUUUCCAGCCUUUUUGGGGAGGGGCUCCCCACGCUCGGGGGCAGUUCCCGAGAGCCGCCAGCACCGCGCUCGCCUUUCUCUUUCGCCUUCACCUGGAUAUAAUUUCCCAGCGAAGCUGCCCCCAGGAUGACCACGCUGGCCGGAGCCGUGCCCAGGAUGAUGCGGCCGGGCCCGGGGCAGAACUACCCGCGCAGCGGCUUCCCUCUGGAAGUGUCCACUCCCCUCGGCCAGGGCCGCGUCAACCAGCUCGGUGGUGUAUUUAUCAACGGCAGGCCACUACCCAACCACAUCCGCCACAAGAUCGUGGAGAUGGCCCACCACGGAAUCCGGCCCUGCGUCAUCUCCCGCCAGUUGCGCGUGUCCCACGGCUGCGUCUCUAAGAUCCUGUGCAGGUACCAGGAGACCGGCUCCAUCCGUCCCGGUGCCAUUGGUGGCAGCAAACCCAAGCAGGUGACAACGCCUGACGUGGAGAAGAAAAUUGAGGAAUACAAAAGAGAGAACCCGGGCAUGUUCAGCUGGGAAAUUCGAGACAAAUUACUCAAGGAUGCUGUCUGUGAUCGAAACACUGUGCCCUCAGUGAGUUCCAUCAGCCGCAUUCUGAGGAGUAAAUUCGGGAAAGGCGAAGAGGAGGAGGCUGACCUGGAGAGGAAGGAGACAGAGGAGAGCGAGAAGAAGGCGAAACACAGCAUCGACGGCAUCCUGAGCGAGCGAGCCUCAGCACCCCAAUCGGAUGAAGGCUCCGACAUUGACUCCGAACCAGAUUUGCCCCUGAAGAGAAAACAACGCAGGAGCCGAACCACCUUCACAGCAGAACAGCUUGAAGAGCUGGAACGAGCUUUCGAGAGAACCCACUACCCUGACAUUUAUACCAGGGAGGAGCUGGCACAGAGGGCGAAGCUCACGGAGGCCCGAGUACAGGUUUGGUUUAGCAACCGCCGUGCAAGAUGGAGGAAGCAAGCUGGGGCCAAUCAACUGAUGGCCUUCAACCAUCUCAUUCCGGGGGGGUUCCCUCCCACCGCCAUGCCGACUCUGCCAACAUACCAGCUGUCGGAGACAUCUUACCAGCCCACAGCUAUUCCGCAAGCCGUGUCGGAUCCCAGCAGCACCGUUCACAGACCUCAGCCUCUUCCUCCGAGCACAGUACACCAAAGCACUCUUCCUUCGAACCCAGACGGCAACACUGCCUACUGCCUCCCCAGCACCAGGCAUGGAUUUUCCAGCUAUACAGACAGCUUUGUGCCUCCGUCUGGGCCCUCCAACCCCAUGAACCCCGCCAUUGGCAAUGGCCUUUCACCUCAGGUAAUGGGACUCCUGACCAACCACGGUGGUGUGCCCCAUCAGCCCCAGACCGAUUAUGCUCUCUCCCCUCUCACCGGGGGCCUGGAACCUACCACCACGGUGUCGGCCAGCUGCAGUCAGAGACUAGACCAUAUGAAGAGCUUGGACAGUCUGCCAACGUCUCAGUCCUACUGUCCACCCACCUACAGCACCACGGGCUACAGUAUGGACCCCGUCACCGGCUACCAAUAUGGGCAGUAUGGACAAAGUGCCUUUCAUUAUCUCAAGCCUGAUAUCGCGUAAGUGAACUGUCCACUUGGAGCUUGAACUGGCCUUGUUUCGGUCUCCCCAGCCUACACAUGAAGAAUCUCCUCAGAAAACAAAAACAGCUUUUUGGGGGGCAGUCUCGACAGGAGACCAAGAAGAGUGGUUUUUUUUCUUUUUUUCCCCCCUCCGGUAGUUGGUCUCAAAUUCUUUUGAACAUGUUGGACAAACGCGAUGGAAGAAAGGAAGGCCUGGAACCGUAAAAAGGCAAACACAACAUUUGAAGGCAAUGAUUUAACAUGGCUACAUAUCAAAUACCCCAACUCUUCCGUGCUGAUGAUCAAGGAGCUAAAACAUUCCAUUUGUGUGUGCGUGUGUGUGUGUGUGUGUGUGUGUGUGUGUGUGUGUAUGUGUGCGUGAGAUUUAUCUGGACUGGUUCAGGCAAGCAGAAUGUUUCUAAAGUCAAGUCAGAAAGUGCUCUAAAGUAUGACAUGUUUGAUGUUUCAAUGCUGACACUUCUACGAUCUUAAAACUGCUCACGUAACGAAGCAGGAACGGAGGAAUCCUUGACCUUUACACACUGGAAAUCGAUAUAAAAAUAAGUGGCACCAUUUUUAGGAAGCUAGACUAGAUGUAAAGGACCUCCCAAAUAAAUUAUUUGUGAUCUCACCCUCCUUUGUAACCCAGUUGUCAAUAAAUAAUGUCCCGGGUGGGCAGCCUUGCUAACAGGAUAUGGGGUAACAGGAAGAAAAGCUUGUUUUCUUUCUCGGUGUGGGGAGAAGUAUGUGACAUCUUCCCAGUUCGUUUUCAUUUGGAAGCCAACCUGGCCAACCUGGGGGGAGGGCGCGGUGGAGAAGGAGUGACGUGCGUUCCCACAGCUGCUUAUCGGUGUGCAAUACUGUGUACCUCACGGAUGCUCUGGCAGUGGCCAGGGCCGUAGAAACAGAAUCAGAACUCUAUUUUUGCAGGUGCUUUAUUUUCGCAGCCCAUGAUUCAUUGCGGUAGAAUGCAUGAUGUUCGCCAUUUAAUGGACAACCAACACCCGGCUUGCUCCUUUUGACUAGAGACCGUGUUCGAGAAUAAUGCUUUUAACAUGACGACGUUUACAUUCUUCUCUUUUCUAUGAAAGGCAGGGCAAGAACAGAAAUGUCCACGUGGCUCUCAUGUACUUUUAAAUUAUACAAGGAUACCCAACGUUAAAAGACCAGAGGAACUGAGGUUUACAUACGUUUGUGUGGUGACAUUUUAGAAUGUCAAUAAAUUUGUUUUUUGAGAUGUUACGAGGAACGAGAAGGUGGAAGGCAGUGUUAUUUAUUUCUUUCUAUUCUUGGAACCAUGAGCGAGGUAGGCACAGAUACAUUCCCUUUAGAGUUAAGGAUGAUGACGUAGUCGGUUAGUGAGAUUAGGCAUAGUUCCAGAGUAGUUCAUACGUUGGUCCUAGAAGGCGAUGGGCUUUGUGCCACAGCCUCAACCAACAACGAUGUGUUGUAAAAAUGUCUUUCAUGUAAAAAGUGCAGUAAAUAUUUACUAUUUAUAAUGAAUAAACAGUUAUGAAAACUUGCCCAAUACUGCUUUUUUGGGGAAUUGGUGACUGUAGGGUUAAUAAAAAUGCGGGUAUGGGAAG